CAGCCAGGUCCAACUGACCAUCAGCCCUCAUCAGCACAGUCACUUCCCCAGAAACCCCUCCAGUUCCCUCUGCCUCCUAAACCCCAGUCAUCAUCCGUGCCAGUAUUGCAAGCACUGUCAAUAUCCCUCAAUAAAUAGGAACUGUAGGUUCUGGAAAUACUUCUUGGCUCCAAUUUUGAUCAGGCAUUCACGGAGGUUGCCAUGCUUGAUCUCAUAGCUGUUGACCCUUCAAUGUGUGAAGGUGAUGAGGUCCAGCACCCGCAUGAGGCAGGCAGAGCUGCAUCAGAACAUGCCAUUCCUGAUGCCCCACACUGGGAAGAGGCCGGUGGUGGUGAAUCGAUAGCCGCGGACAUCAAUUGCUCAGGGUUAGUGUCGGGUGAUACAAGACAGGGGGAUGUUCCAGGUAUAAUAGAACAGCGCCGCCUCUGUUGCUAGUCUCUGCAUCAAUGACCCAGUCACCGUUAGCUCAGCCAAUCACAAUCAAUUCAGACAUAGAGGAUGGUGGAUGUUGUCAAUCAAAAAUACAAGUGACCUUGGAGACUAGAUUUGGUGAAAAAAUACCUUGUCCAAAUUCCUCUACCCGGCCAACUGGUUGAGAUAGCAAUGCUAGGUCUCAAUCCCCGCGGCGGGAGCGCGUGCCCAUGAUAAAAAUGGAGGAGAGUGAGAAGGAGCAGCAGUCAUCACAGCCAGAACAUACACAGCAUUGCAUGAUGGCAGUGGAGAUACUCACAGCCCUUUCCUCAUCUUCUCUUGCUUUCAAUCGCCAUUUAUGCACCGGCCAUGAUGAAGAGGUCAAUAAACAGUCUAUGACCAGCAUCAGAGACAAGCUCAAUCAGGACAGAAAUGAAUAUAGACAACAAUGAUAUUGAGAAUGAUGAUGAAGAAGAUGAGGAUUAUAUUGCCAGUGAAAAUGAGGGUGAAGCAGGUGAUAG